AUGGCAGACGUUUAUUCGAACUGCUACCUGAAUAUCGCCGCGUCGCACGCCGACAGCUCGCACGGCGGGUGCUUCCAGUCCCGGCCGGCCGUCUUCUCCAGCCCGUGCAUCGUGACGACACGAGGCAAGGUGUUUGCGGCCGAGCUGUGUGACUACUCGCAGUUCCAGAACUUUCAGCUGAACGCCAGGGCGUGGGUCUUCCAAGAGCGCCUGCUGGCGCCGCGGGCCCUGCACUACGCAGGCCGUGAUCUCUUCUGGGAAUGCAGAGCGGUUCUGGCGUCGGGCGCAUAUCCCAGAGGCGUGCCGGGGAUAUUGCCGGAAGACGUCGUCUAUGCAAACGAUGCCCCGUUUGAGUGGCACAUGCCCGACGUAUCGCAGCUUGAGGACGCCACAGUCGACCCCGACUGGCACUGGCGCACCCUGACGGCAGCUUACGCGAAGAGCAGCAUCACCGUCGUCGAAGACAGACUCCCCGCUAUAUCCGGCAUUGCGCAGCGGUUCAACGACAAGUACCUCCGCGAGCGCUACGUCGCCGGCUACUUUGCGUCCCAGCUGCCUCUGGCGCUCUUAUGGCGGACGCGGCGCUUCGGCGUGCUCACCGAUCCCGUCGUCAUACCAAGCAGUUACGUUGCUCCGUCCUGGAGUUGGGCGUCUGUCAUCGGAGAGAUAUCCGCGCACGAGAGCGCAGACUAUCACGCGAUUGCUCGGGUCAAAUCAUUCGCUGUCGAUCUGGAGGACGAGCAGAAUCCGUAUGGGAAGGUAAAGUCUGCAAGUCUCACGAUCGAAGGGCAAGUCCUCAAGAUGAAGGCGGAGCCCAAGCGCACAGCCUACGACAGAGCAGAGUUUCAGUACCGAUGGAAAUGGGAGAGAAAGGAGGGCUGGGUGUCCUUUGACUUGGCGUGGGACGAUUACGAGAAAGGCGCGCGCAUCCUUGGUGGCGCGUGGAGGCUUCUCUGCAUCGGCGAGUUGUUUGACAGCGACGGAGUGCAGCGGCUGAAGGGUCUUAUUCUAAAGCCAGUAGUCGGCACAGGCGAAGCUGGCGUGAAAUUCUACAAGCGCGUUGGUUAUUGGAGCAGCUAUGCAGACGAGGAGCGGGAAGAUGGCGCGACGAUUCGAACCUUUGAGAGUGUUGGGCAGAGAAGGCUGACGCUAGUUUAA